CAAAAGCUGAGCUCUAUAGGUCUCCUCGCCAGGAAGAUGACUUUAUUUCAUACAAACAAAUCCACGAACAAGCUCUUCGAAAUAUAUCGGGACAGAGGGAGUUGCCAUAUACUGAGUCAGACCCAUCCACAUCUUGGUGAAUGGUUUCCUGGGAGGAGAGCUGCGGGGGUGGGUGGGGGGCGCCGUGGUGGGGAGAGACCGACUCGCGACAUAGCCCCAGCGGGGAGAGGUCAAGUGGCGGGGAGUUCCGGGGGCUCUCGGCCUUCUGCGAGAUCCCUCCUCCUCCUCCGGCCGGCCGACCCGCCCGUCGCUUCUCCGUUCCUCCUCCUCCUCCUGCUGCGGGAGGCGGGCUUGCCUGCCUGCCUCUUGCUCGCCUGGAUCGCGCGGAUGGCGGCGCCGGUGCUCCUGCCUUGCCUGCUGGGCCACUUGGGCGGCCUGCUGGCGGCCGCGGGGCAGGUGGGGGCCUCGGCCCGGGUGGAGGUCCAGCUGCUGCCCGCCGAGGCCCAGGGAAGCAGCGGCGGCGGCUACACGCUGCUGGGCGCGGUGCUGGGCCGGCCGGGCCUGGAGAGGGACGAGGACGACGAGCCCGAGAAGGCGAAGCAGCAGCAGCAGCAGCAGCAGCCGGCGCCCCCCGCAGAGGAGCCCCCCAAGGAGGAGGAGGUCCGGGGAAGCCUCGUGCUGGUGGGAGACACUGACCCCAAACUAGAGGAUGCUGAGAGUUGGAUUGGCGUCGUCCCGGUGGGAGAAGAACAAGCAGAGGUCCCGAGAGGCAGCAAGGAAGAGUCCUUCACCACAGCAGUGGUCAACAAGAUGAAGCGGGCCCUCGUCUUGGGAGCCUCGGCUCUGCUCAUCCUUGCCCUGAAUCAGAAUGCCCUCCGAGAGUUGGAUGUCUCCCAGGUUCUCUCGAAGCCUGUGAUCGUCAUCCAGACGUCGGAAAACGUUACCAGACUCCUCGGUGCGCUGCUGCGAGGACUCCGGGCAACAGCAAAGAUUACGUAUCAAGCCGUGCUACUGGAGAAUGUGGGACUGACGCUGACGUUGUGGUCGACCUGUGGUCUCUCUCGGGGCGGCCUGUACGGCGAGUGGCAAGGAGUCAUCUGCACUGGAGAGAACAGCUCCCGAGUCCAGAGGUACCUGCAGCAGCUGUGGAACGCCAUCCUGCUGAUCGCCUUGGUCCUGAGCACCGGCGUGAUCGUGCAGGCUCAGCGGCAGUCACGGCAUAGCCAGCUGGACCAGGAUUCGGAGCUGGACCUCAAGCAGCAUAUUGAGCGGAGGCUGCUGGCCCUGAAAACCCGGCGCUACCACCCUGGCAGGCCUCCUCGGAGCUGGGCUCACGAGAUUGACAGUUGUGCCAUCUGUUUGGAUCGGUUCCACAAGAAUCAGUGGCUUCGGGUGCUGCCCUGCUUGCACGAAUACCACCGGGACUGCGUGGACCCGUGGCUCCUCCUGCAACAGACCUGCCCCCUCUGCAAGCACAACAUUCUGGGAAACUGCUGUCAAGACAGCUAGCAAGACGAACUCCUCCUUGAAGACGGAUCUGCCGGCACUCCAAGAGGAUCGCAGGGGCAGAGAACUUGGCGUCUUUGGGCCGGUGCUUGGGGGCUCCGUGAGAGCAUCCUUCCCCGCCCUCUGGACUUCCUCGAGAUGAAAAAUGUGUCUCUGUCAAAUAACGUCUUCGUCCGUUCUGGGGCCCGCCGUGUGUCUCCAGACUGGACCAACUCAUUACCCGUUUGGCGUGUCCACUGGGCAACCCAGGCAGCGUGAAACUGGUGACUUGGGCCUCCGACCUGGAUCUUCACGGAAAUGGCUUCUUUCAGCAUCUGGGGGGUGGGGUGGGGUGGGGUGUCAGGGAAAGGCCUGCUGCUCCUGGCGGGAAGUUUCCCUUGCUGGGAAGGGGCGGGUGGCCUCUGAACUGCUUGCUUAUUUAUACUAACUUAUUCGAGAGGAGGAGCCGAGUGUCAGCGCAGGGGCGGAGUACAGCUUCGGGGCUGCCCCGACCCGCCAGCCCAUUUGGGAGGGGGGCCCACGGCCCUGGAGGUCAGCGCUUGGCCGUAGGAAGCCGCCUGUACUAAUAAACACCAAGCAAAGAGA